AUGUCUGCGCAAGAUAACGACCCAUUCUACCUAAGAUACUACACCGGACACUCUGGCAAACAUGGCCACGAGUUCUUGGAGUUUGAAUACUCUCAUGGCCGUCUCCGAUACGCCAACAACUCCAAUUAUCGUAACGACAGUCUCAUUCGAAAAGAGAUGUGGGUAGGGCCCCUCGUCGUUAAGGAGCUCAAACGUAUAGUUGAAGCCAGCGAAAUUACAAAGGAAGACGACACGAAUUGGCCGAAGAAGAACAUCGUUGGAAAGCAGGAGCUUGAAAUACGUGUUGGGAACGAUCAUAUUGCUUUUGAAACUGCGAAAAUUGGGUCGUUGGUUGACAUUCAGGACAGCGAAGACCCAGAAGGGCUCCGUGUGUUCUACUAUCUCGUGCAAGACUUGAAGUGCUUGAUUUUCUCGCUGAUUUCGCUCCACUUCAAAAUCAAGCCCAUUUAAUGGUGUCAUGUAGGACUUUCUUGGGCUUUGGGGGGAUUGAGUUGGCUGUUUUAAAAAUGUAUCUGGAGAGGCUAGCAUCGAGAGAACAUCAAAAAUCACAGUCCAGCCGACUCAAGCCUCCGUCAAGAAAGCGCUCGUAUUUUGUAGCAGACAUCUUUUAGAACCAUCCUGUUGUCGCUGUAUGUAAUACUUCUUAUCUAUGCCAACAGUUGUGUGA